AUGGACGCCGGCAAGGUCCAUCACCGCGACAUAGCCCCCUACGAGACCUUUGCCUGCGAGAGAUUGACCCGCGAGAUCGCCUUGUGCGAGUACGACCCGUCCAAGACUUCCUCCUCCUCGCCCAUCCUGCCUCCUCAUCCUCCGCUCGCAGAGGUGCUACGGGAAGCCGGCAGGACCAUCCAGUUCCACGCCAAGUGGUUCGCCCCGGCCGCCCUUUCAACCCUGCUUCAGACCGCCCUCGAUGUCACCAGCCGCUCCUCUUCCACCGCAGACUUGCUUGCCGCCCUGAGCCUCAUCGAUACCAUCGUCACCUACUCUCUCCUGCCCGUCCUGCUUCCGCCCAUCCGCUUCCUCGCCUACUCCUACUACCAGGGUACCCGCUCGCUCAGACACAAGAAGCUGAGCCAUCGUGCCUGGACCGUUGCAUCCCACAUCCUUCAAUCUCACCUCGGUGGCCAAUUCGCGGCCAUCCUGCUCGUCAUUGUCCGGGACCCGCACACCCAGCUCUCCAAAUUCAAGCUGUCUGCAGCCACGGGCGCCCUCAUGGUCAUCACAGAGAAAUUGUUGCCAGACCGCCAUGCUAACCCGCCACUUGUGAAUCCGACACAGCUCCUGUUUGGCUUGCGACAUGCUGGUGUUGGGGAGAAUGUCAUAUUGCGGGAGCAGCUUGUCGCACUGUUGAGCGGCCUUCUGCAGAACGACGGAUUGACACAGCAGAUUGACGCGGUCGGUGCAUGGGACAUCUGGCUUGACGUCUUCGGAGACUGCAUCCAGCACGGCACCGACGUCGACCGCGACAUCUUGGAGUCGGCUUUCGAAAAUCUCUCCACCAAGAUUCCCGCUCUGGAGGCGCGUCACCAUCCCAGGAUGGCUCAGUGGUUUGUGGAAGCGCGCAUGCCCCUGCCAGCGUCCCUUUCCAGCCAGCUGGUCGUGCCGUGGCAGCGCGCUCUGUUGCUCGAGGAGGACACCAUGUGGACCGCCGAAUAUCGCACCGUCCUUGGCAAAUUGUGCGACUCGACCUUCUAUCUCGCCGAGCUCGACGCUUUCAUCACCACCAGUGUCUCGGCCUUCUUCCAAACGGAGGACUACGUCUCCAGGAAAGACUUCGUUUACACGUUGGAGACCCUGAUUCUCGACCCGGGCACCGCGGCUCCGGCUGUCGACGUUCUGGCAAAGGGCAUGGUCAAGAUUUUUACCCACAAGACCCAGAAGCACAAGUGGGAGGGGCAGCGCAAUUGGUUGUUUCCGAUCUUGUGUGCCAUUGCAAAGCAUAGUCUUGAGGCUACGAGGCUACUCUUGAGGAUACGCGCGGAUGAGGCGGAUCAGGGCUAUCUAGCAUUGGAAAGGGACACAGCACACACGAGCAGCUCAGAUACUGCAGCCCUCCCGAGCUACUCCACUCUCUAUGGACUGACCUCUCUCUCCUUUGAGUCGUGGGUCAGCGCCCUGCAGGACCUGAUCGCCCAUGAACCGCAGCGGUGGGAUGUCUACCACGAGCUUUUGAGAUCUCUGGCGCCUCAGAUCCGGAACCAUGCUCUCUGGCGUGGUAGAUACGAGUACAUCAACAGGAUUCGACGAGCCCUCUGCGAAUGUCUCAGCGGCGACUCGUUCGUGGAGCCGCCUGCACAGUCAGGGGAGACCAAAUCUAGCGUCAUUGCCUAUCUGUUGCAGAUCCUGAGUGCAACAAUCAGCUACCACAGCCAUCUGCCACGGAACGACAUCAAAGCUGCGGUAAUCACCAUUAUCAACGUCGCAGGCUCGCGGGACCACACUGUUAGCAUCCACUGCAUCCAUGCUUUGACAAUCUGCUGCUACGAGCUUCCAGAACUCAUGGCUGGAUACAUGGAUGCCAUCAUCAACAAGAUGACUCGCAUGGUCACCCAGAGAUACUUGGCUCUCUAUGUUCUCGAGUUCUUCGCCGGUCUGUCUCGCUUUCCCGACCUCCAGGAUCGUUUACGGCGUGAAGAUUUCAAGCGAAUCUUUGGAGUUUGCCACAGCUACCUGCAGUCGAUCCGGAGUACGACUGCACUGGAGCGCAAGCGCACGCCGACUAGCGAGCAUAGUGCCGGACUAAGUAGCAGCACUUCAAGCGAUGAGAUGGCACAGUAUGUGUACACACUGGCACAUCACAUCAUCACGUUCUGGUACAUGGCGUUGAAGAGAGACGACCGUCAUGGCUUGAAGGAUUACAUCACUAGUUGUCUUAGAUACAAGGACCUGGACGACAGAGAGCAUAUAGAAGAACAAGGGAUGGUGACGAUCGAUCUCAUGGACCGAGUCGAUGCCGAAGAGCAGAUCAACGCUCCCCUUGAGCAGUAUUUUGAUGAGAAAGAUGGGCGCAUCAUCACGCGACAUCGAGUCACUGGUAUCUUGUUGAUUACAACGGAAACUUCGCUGAGGACUGGAAAGACCAUCGUCACAAUUCGACGACCUUCAGGGACAGCACAACGUACUAUCACGUCCAAGAAGCGCCAUGAUAGCGCGAUGACUGCCGAGUUGGAGACUCGCUUCACCGCUUCGGUCACAGUCGAGAGCGACGAGCAGGAUUACAUUAGCGUCUUUCCCGACGACAUUAGCGGACGUACGUACGGAAAAGUGGCAAUUCCACGACCAUCUUCGGCCCUGGGAUCACUGGAAAUCAUUGAAUUGCCAGAGAAUCCCGCCGUGACUCGCGCCAUCCAGCAAUUCGAUCGCACAUCCGCGCUCGACUCACACAAGGCUGGCAUCAUCUACAUUGGCGAAGAACAGACUGCCGAAAAGGACAUACUUCUGAAUGUCUCUGGUAGUCCUGACUAUAAAGACUUCCUCGAAGACAUGGGCUCCCUCCGCAAGUUGAAAGGAGCCACGUUCAAUACCCAGGGCCUUGAUCGUCAAGACGACCUCGACGGAGCAUAUACCAUAGUCUGGAACAACGACGUCACGGAGUUGGUGUAUCAUAUCACCACCUUCAUGCCUAACAACCCGGCGGACGAGCACUCGUCCAUUGUCAACAAGAAGAGGCACAUCGGAAACGAUUAUGUGAAUAUUGUCUUCAACAACUCCGGUCUCGAUUUCCAGUUCGACACGUUCCCCAGCGCUUUCAACUACGUCUACGUCGUCAUCUCGCCGUCCGAGCGUACCACCUUCCUCCAAGCGCGUGAGAUUACCGCGGCCAAGGCCAAGAAGGACCGUUUCUACAACGUGCACUGCAAGACGCGACCGGGAUAUCCGAAUCUCUCCUCGGCGAGCGAGGUCAAGGUCAUCUCGGGCGCCUCCCUCGGCGGAUACGUGAGGAACUUGACCCUGAAUGCUUGUGUCUUCUCCGCCAUGUGGCAGGCUGGUGGCGAAGCGGGAGAGUACCCUUCGUCGUGGCGGACGAGGUUACAGAUGAUCCGGCGCCUUUAUGGACAGUACAGGACCAAGUUGUCUUGAUGAUGAUGAUGAUGAUGAUGAUGAUGAUGAUGAUGAUGAAAAUAUCAGAAAAGUGUUUUGUGUGGGAGCGAUACCCUGGUCUUAGUAAUGCAUUGGAAGCGAAUUAA